UUGAGGGCUUCUCUCUCUCUCUCUCACUUGCCCUCUCUCUCUCUCUCUCUCUCUAUCUCUCUCUACUCCGUUCAUGGCUUUUGUUGGCGAGAGCCGUCGUCCACUCCGGCGUCGUUUUGCCUAAGGCACUUUCCCCAGCAGCAGCACACACUGCUCAGUUCUGUAGUUGAUGGAAACAAUGGAUGUAUUGCCAUUGGAAUCCAAUGCAGUCAACCCAGGGCCUGUUGAUGGAUCUGUGCUCUACGAUCAAGACAAGCAUGUCUCAUCGGCAGUAUGGGAUGGACAGGAGCGGGGAGCACUUAGAUGUCACGAGCACACAUCAAAGCUUGAUCAGUGGAGGCUUACCUCAAAACAAAUUGAACUAGUGGAAAAGGCUGGAUUUGGUCACUUGAGGUUGAUCCCCGCUAUUAGCCUGGACAAUCCGCUCAUCUCUGCACUAGUCGAGAGGUGGAGGAGAGAAACAAACACAUUCCACUUCAAUGUCGGGGAAAUGACUGUGACUCUGAAGGAUGUGGCCCUCUUGCUUGGACUUGCCAUUGACGGGGAUCCUGUUAUCGGGAUAACGUACACUUCUUGCAACGCUGUUUGUGAGAAGUUCCUGGGUAAAGCGCCAGAACCGGGCUAUGCAAGUGGUGGGAUGGUGAAGCUGAGCUGGCUUAAGGAGUUCUUUUCUGAGUGUCCUGAAGAUGGUUAUGUAGAGCAAAUUGAGAGGCACACACGGGCUUACCUGUUGUACCUUUUGGGUAGUACAAUAUUUUCAACAACAACCGGGAAUAAAGUCCCAGUAAUGUACUUACCAUUGUUUGGAGAUUUCGAACAGUGUGGGAGAUAUGCUUGGGGUGCUGCAGCUCUGGCAUUCUUGUACAGGGCACUCGGGAAUGCAUCCCUUGCAUCUCAGAGCACAAUUAGUGGAUGCCUGACCCUUCUGCAGUGUUGGAGUUACUAUCACUUGAAUAUUGGUCGACCAAAGCUCAAGCAUGAUCCUGCCCAUGACUGUUUCCCCUAUGUACUUCGGUGGAAGGGCAAACAAAUUGGACCAACUGCUAAUCGUGAUGUUGUCUUUUAUCGGAAGGCUCUGGAUGCCCUAAAACCCUGCGAUGUUGAGUGGCUUCCCUACAGAAACAUGGACAGUACUAAUAUACCAGAAUAUAUUAGAAACAGUCUGAACUUGGGGAGAUCAAAGACCAUGCUGAUAUGUUUUGACAAGGCUGAGCGGCACCUUCCUGAUCGCUGCUUAAGGCAAUGCGGGAUGGUCCAACACAUCCCUGAGGACGUGCAGCCAUGGCAAAGGAAGAAUCGUGGGGUUGAUGGUGGUGUGGAUUUGUCAGCGAAGAUGGAGUUGGAACUCAAUGAGUGGAUGAACCGCCAUAUCAGUAUAGUCAAUGGUGACGAAAGUGCCGACGAAGUGGAGUACUUGCAGUGGUACCUGAGAAUCACCCGUAAAUUCGUCGGGAGGCCUAUAUCUCUCUCAACCGAGUUUCAAAGAACGAAUUCGGGUCUGAGGGACAUUGCCCACAUUGCUGAUACAUUCUCAACUGAGGGCUUGGACCCGCAACAAAUUGAGUCAAUCUCAAAGAUUAGGUACAUUGCGCAUGAAUGCUUGCGGGGACAGGUGGAUAGCCCAGUAGUACCAGCCGGGACCACGAUGACUGAGCUCGGUAAGAGGUCGAGGGGCAAGGAGAAGGUGAGGAGAAGAAGCUUUGGUAAACGAAAACAGAAGGACGAGCCGAUGGACUGUGAUGAGAUCAGUGAAGACGAUCGAUCCCACUUCCACGGGACUGUCAUCAAGGUCGAUGAGCUGUCUCUAGACAAUACCGAUCUCGAUGGCACUCCGCACCUGUGUGGGUUAGAUCAUGAAGACCCUUCAGAGCUCUGCGUGGUGUCCGUUGACGGUGGGAGCGUACAGCUCUGCACUGAUCCCGGUAAUGGUGAAGUCCAUCAUCUGCAACAAUGUGGGAUUGUUGGCACGGGAAGUAAUGUGGAUCAGCUGUACGGAGCUGCUCAAGUUGAUGGCUCCCAACUUGGUUAUGUCCCGAAUGGGAUCGAUGGUGGGCAAGCUUGUGAUGAGAUGAAGGAGUUGCAUGACUCGCAGUAUCUCAACUCAAUGGAAGAAGAGGUGGUCGAUGAGUCGCAGCUCUCUCACGUUGUCGGUGAGAGCAAUCCGCAGCAAACAGCUGCUGCUGCAGUACAGGUGUAAAACGGCCCCCCCCCCCCCCCCCCCCCCCCCCCCA